CUUGUCUGUUCUUGUACAGCAGUACCAAGUUGUACUUACAGGUCCCCACAGGUAUUCUAGUACAAACGAUCUGUGCAGCUGCGCACUGUAUUACUGUUUCUUUAAAACAGUGCCUGACCGAUUAUUGACCGGCAUGCACUUUGCGCGUCCUCCCGGCAAGCCUGAGCCUAACAUUGUCGGGCUUACAAAUGAUCGCUCCAUGUCAGCAUGCCGAGCGCUGAUGGUGACCUGGCACCACAAGCACUGGACUUUACACCUCGGGAAUUAUCAAUCUGCUUUUGCUAAGCCAAAGAACACGUAGGUAUCCCAUAGGACGACGCGCGUACCCAAACCACAGUUCACCAUGACAAUCUUCAUAAACUGCAGUCCAAGCUACUUCUACUCAAAUUUCAAGCAAUAAUGUCUCUACCUGAAGGCUAUGGAUACAUUCCGAGCUCGUUGAUCACCAUAGGGUGGGUCCUUGUCUGGCAGGGCAUCCUGGUUGGAAGAUACCGCAAGAAAGCAGGGAUCGAGUAUCCUCAACCGUAUGCCGAGCAAGCUGAGGUUAAAGAUUCUACUGCAGCCCUCCGUUUCAACUGCAUGCAGCGUGCACACCAAAACACGCUUGAAUCGACGCCCGUGGUAUUCGUUUCGACUGUCGUGGCAGGUCUGAAAUACCCUGCCCUAGCUGCUGCCAUAUGUGUUGCGUUUUCCUUCUCGCGCGUCGUUUAUACGAUUGGAUACAAGUCGGGCCAACCGAAGAGGCGGACGUAUGGAAGUGUCGUCAGCAAUUUGUCAGUGCUUGGACUAUUGUCGACCGCUACAUACGCUGCUUACCAGCUCUUUCCGCCGUGUUAAUGUCGAUGACACCAAUCACAUUGUGAUUAGUUUAUCACACUGAGACUCAAUUCAUGCAGUUUGCCUCA